AUGAAUCCUUGGAUUGCAGAUUGUGAUGGAAAGAGCCCAUUUGAAGUCCUUGUAGAAAACGAGUCUUUUGGAAGUGCACUCACUCUUCUUAAGGCAGUUUUCGAAAACGACAAAAAUCGGGACAUGGCUGAAUCUGCGAGGCGUUACAGAGAUCAGCGUGGAAACUCUCUUCUUCAUAUGUUAUGUAUUGUUAACAAUGAAAGAGUCCUAGAAAUCUGUGACUAUUUGCUUGACAAUGGAUGUAACGUUAAUGCGCAAAAUGAGUGCAGACAAACACCUCUGCACUUGCUAUGUAGCAACAUAAGUGAGGCGGGACCCUCGAUUUCCAAAGAAGCAAUCAAUUUCAUUCAACUUCUUCGAAAAUACAAUGCUGAUGAGACCCUCUAUGAUGUUCGUGGGAAUACUUGCAAGGAUUUGCUAUCUAAAUUUCAAACCUUUCGCAAAAAGAUUAAAUGGAUUUCUGAAUCUAUCCAACAUAAGGAUGCACUGUCGGAGGCGGUGCGUGGUGAGAAUUCUCAAAAAGUUGAAAAUUAUCAUUAUUACAAUAAACCAAUUGGAAAAGGUACAUUUUCUUGCGUGUUUCCUGCUGUCGAUGGAAGGGAUGGCCGAGAGGUAGCACUGAAACGUCUAGAAAAGGCAAGACUAGAGAAGAGGGGAGAUAUGCUACAGAGAGAAGUAAGGUGCCUCUUAAAAUUGACAAGUUGUUCUUAUGUUGUUAAUUACAUCGCUUGCACAAGAGAUUCCAACUUUGAAUACAUAGUUGUAGAACCGAUGGAGGGUUCUUUAGACAAAUAUCUCAGUUACAAUGAAGAAUGCAGUCAGGCCUCCACAAUCUGCUCACAGAUUGCUGGUGGCUUGGAAUUUUUACACCAAAGCGAUGUUCUCCACAGGGAUCUUAAACUUCAAAACAUUUUGUAUCGGAGAAAGCCACAUUUUAUUGUAAAAAUUAGUGAUUUUGGACUCAGUAAAUUCCUGCAGCAAAAGAGUGGCAGCGAAUCUGUAAUGCAUUCAAAGGCGGGAACGCGUCGUUGGAUGGCCCCUGAGCUUUUGGUAGAGAACACUAAAGAGCACAGUAAAGCCACCGACAUUUACAGCUGUGGUCUUCUUUAUUACUAUGUCGGUACGGGAAAGAAGCAUCCUUUUUACAGCUCUGAUGAGUUGCUAAUGUCAAAUUUUCAAGAAAUAGAGAAAAGCAUUCAAAGGAACAAAAUAUGUUGGUGCUCCUCUCUUUCUUCAGAGGCCGUCUACCUCAUAACGGAAAUGCUUUCAGAAGAUCCAGAAAGACGACCAGCAGCUUCCUCCUUACUGAAAUUUCCUUUCUUCUGGUCUGAUCGUACGAAAGUGGACUUUCUGAAAUUAGUAGGAAAUCAGAAAGAAUUUGAAAAGCCAAGAAUUCUG